AUUUAGGACAGAGUCAAAGUGGAGGAUAUCCCAGUCUGGUCCUGCCCCCUUUGCUUUCCCUGACAGCACCCACGAGGCUGACUAGCUGAAGACAGUGUGGUGAAUACUUCCAGAAGCAGAAAGAGAAAACUAGUAGACAUGCAAUGCUUUCAGCCUCAGGCUUCAACACAACUGCAAGUGUCUCUGAACCCACGUCCAGUUUCUUCAGUGCCGGCCAAUCUAAAUGUGUCACACAGCUGGAAUUACAUUGAGAAGCUGCUGGACCUAGAAACAGCUGAAACUAAGAAGCAAGAAGAUCCCAGUGAAUAUUGUUAUGGAGGUUACCAUCCCGUGACGAUAGGGGACACUUUUAACGGAAGAUACCGAGUGCUGAGGAAACUCGGAUGGGGCUACUUUUCCACUGUGUGGCUCUGCCUGGACCUACAUAAGAAGAGAGUUGUGGCUGUGAAAGUGUCAAAGAGCGGAGCCAAUUUCACACAAGCUGCGCAGGACGAGCUGGCGUUGUUGCGAUGUACUUGUGGCUCCAUGAGGAAGCAUCCCUACGGUGAAUGCAUUGUUGAGCUGCUGGAUGACUUCAGACUUGUGGGGAAAAACGGAAUCCACAUGUGCCUGGUAUUUGAAUUAUUGGGGCAGAACCUCCACAGCUGGAUGAUGGACUACACUUCUCUUGGUCUUCCAUUGUCAUGGGUGAAAUCUAUCAUUCGACAGGUUCUUCAAGGACUGGAUUACCUCCACACCCAGUGUAAAAUCAUCCACACUGACAUUAAGCCAGAGAAUAUUCUACUGUGCAUAGGUGAGCAGUGCACAAAGCAGUCAGAAGAGGGAGCUGUACAAGACAAGUUACAUGAAUACAAGAGAAUGGACCGAGCAGAUGUGGACCACUGUGACAACCUGCAGUUUGACCCAAAGUCUGUAACAGCUGAAGAGAUAAAAGUAAAAAUUGCAGAUCUGGGUAGCUCCUGCUGGGUGUACAAGCAUUUUUCCGAUGAAAUCCAGACUCGGCAGUAUCGCUCGCUGGAAGUUUUGAUUGGCUCUGACUAUGGUCCUCCUGCUGAUAUCUGGAGCACAGCAUGUAUGGCUUUUGAGCUGGUGACUGGGGACUCCUUGUUUGAACCACGAGCUGGGAAAACAUACUCAGUGGAGGAAGGUAAACAGAGAAGCACUGACAGAUGUGCUGUGUUAGAAACUGGAGAGUGGGAGAUUCUUUGGCAUUGUUUUCUCUUUGUCUUCCUCUUGCUUGCAGAUCACCUUGCUCAUAUCAUAGAACUCCUGGGGAAAAUCCCAGCACGGGUAGCCCUGUCUGGCAAAUACUCCAGGGAAUAUUUUACCUAUAAAGGUGAUCUCCGGCGAAUUCGAGUGCUGCGGCCUUGGGGGAUAUAUGAGGUCCUGGUAGAGAAAUACCACUUAGGCCUGAAGGAAGCCGCCCUGUUUGCAGAUUUUCUGCUCUGCAUGUUGGCGUUCAGCCCAGAGCAAAGAGCCACGGCAGUCCAGUGCCUGAGACACCCUUGGCUCACAUCCUAAACUGGGAAACUGUGCUGACCUUCAUAGAAUCUACACGUCAAUACAGUGGGACAGUUGGGGAAAUAGAUAUACUGUACAAAUACGGCAAUACAAAACAUGGAAAAUAUAUUGAGGCAUGUGUUGAAAGAGCAGGGUACUUCUGUUUAUUUUUAAAUAUAUGGCAACAGCAGUUUCCAAAGAUUUGGAAGCAUUUUGGAGGCAAUGUGUAACUGAGAUAUAACUGAGAUAUAUUUAAACAUAAAAUCGAAUGGAUUUUAAGACAGCAAUUGAAAUCAGUAUGCUCAUCUAGUCAUACUAGAUACAGUAUACAGUGCAGAGAAGUCUACAGAAAUGGUUGUAAAGAUGGAUAUGAGUACAGAGUAAAAACAGUUGAAUUCAAAUCAGUAGAACAGCCACCCUACAUUUUGUACAAAGCACGAGAUUGUUAGAUUCUAUUUAUUUGGUUAUAAAACUGUGAAAGAGGCUACCGUGGAUAUAAACUAAGACAAGGCUGAUAAGAGAAACUCUAGGACUGGAAAAAAAAGGUUAAAAUGGGUUAAAAAUAUUUAAGCUAUUUUACACAAAAAAAAUAUUCAGUUAAUUAAAGAUUUAAUUAAAACUGACUUACUAAAAAUCCCAUAAGGGCUUGACUAACAGCUACAAUCACUCAAAACGCUCGGCACAGAAAGCAGCAGUAGAGAAACAUGCAGAUAAACACAGGUGUAGCAGAGGCUGGGGAAACACAAUACUGUUGACAAGAAGUAAUAUGAAGUCCUACUAUUAAUUAGUUACAAAAAGGCAAACAGUUAAACAUGUUCUUUAAAAUAUACUGUAUAUGGUCCCGUUUACUAAGGGACAGUUUCUGCUGAUUCACAGAUCUGAUCCUGGAGAGCCAGUGUGUCUACAGGUUUUCGUUCUAACUCAGCUUUUAACAUUGUAAUUGGUUUACUCAGACCAAUUUGAUAACUUGUCCCUGCUCUUCAGUUGCUGGUGCUUUCACCUGGACCAGGGCUGGACAUCCCUUUGCUAAUCAAAAACUUGAAACAUGAUGGCAUUGUUUCAUAUAGUUACUCAGGGCACAUAAAAAUGACAAAACACGUUUGGAGUGGAAUAUAAAAUGGCAAUUUUACUUGGUGCUAAAUCAAAUCACAUUGGGAGAGCCUUUAAGCACAUGUCUGAACUACUUGAAGCCUUACAGCAGAAGACUCCAACCCCGGUCUCGGAAAGCCUCAAUCCAAUGUUUGGCAAAUAACCUACAACCUAGCCGUACCCAUUAAAACAGCAGUUUCCAAAGAUUUGGAAGCAUUUGUGAUUAAUUAAACAGGAGAAGUAUUAAAUUGGUGAUUUAAGAUCAUCUGACAAUAUGAAUAUAACUUAGUCCUUAGGAACCGGUGCUCUCUUCAUUGAGCAAACCAGGAACUUAUUUGAUUAAUAACUUACAGGUGUUCCAAACUUUACAAACUCACUUUUUAGGGUGAUUUAUGAGAUGAAACGGACAGAGGCUUUCCAAGAUUGUGAUUCUCAACACCUGCCUUACAGAACUAACGGUGUUUUUAAAAUGUUCAGAUUUAUCUGUUGAAGUUUUUUUCUAUUAUUUUUUAAAUACAUUGCUCCUGAGCAAAAGAAGAUCAGGUUUAGUGUUUAAAAGCAGGUAUCAUGUUUUGGUAUGCUUGUAUAUGUUUCAUAGCAGAUAUGAUUUGGGGAUGGCACAGAACAUAUACUGUAAUAUGAUGUUUCUGUUGUCUACCGGAACACUCCUUGGUUUCAUAUGUGCUCUUAAUGGUUGUGUUUGUUCUGACUUCUUGUUGUUCUGUCAUAAAUGUUUUAAAUUA